AAUCUUGCGCGUCGGAAGUCAAGCGUUGUGACCGGAAGCAUGCUUUUCGUCGCUAGGAUAGCGAGCGGAACCGGCGAGGGGUAGCAAUAUGGCGGCGCCGAGCCCCCCGGUGCGCUUCAAAACCAACUACACCGUGUCCAGGAAAAUCGAGCCUUUCUACAAAGGAGGGCGAGUUCAGAUAAGCCAAAAUGGAGAAUAUAUGUUUUGUUCUUGUGGGAUCAAAGUCCACGUGCUGUGCAUAGCAACGGGGGCUCUCGUUCACAGUAUCGAACAGGACGAUCAAGAAGACAUCACAACGUUUGUUCUCAGCGACGACGAUGAGAUCCUUAUGACAGCCAGUCGGGCGUUGCUGCUGAAGCAGUGGGAAUGGCGAGAGAACAAGUGCACCCGCACAUGGAAGGCGGUCCACGUCGCUCCCGUGGCCAGCAUGGCAUUCGACCCAACGUCCACUUUGUUAGCCACAGGUGGCUGUGAUAGCACCAUUAAGGUCUGGGAUGUUAUCAAGCACUACUGUACCCACAACCUGAAAGGCUCGUCAGGAGUGGUCCACCUGGUCAAGUUCCAUCCCGACGCUUCUCAGCUGCAGCUCUUCUCCUCUUCUAUGGACUACAAAAUCCGCCUUUGGGACUUGAAGUCCAGCAAAUGCGUCGCCCUCCUUGAGAGCCAUUACAGUGCCGUCACCUGCCUGGCCUUCUCUGCAGACAGGGAGACACUCGUCAGCUCUGGUCGUGAUAAAAUCUGCACAGUGUGGGAUCUGAAUACAAGAGCAGUCAAGAGAACCGUCCCCAUCUACGAGAGUGUUGAAUCCGUCAUCCUGUUACCUGAAGGAGUAGAUUUCUCACCCCUGGGUGUGAAGAAGUCAGGUCUUCAUUUUGUCACUGCAGGCAGCAAAGGGAUCCUCCAGGUCUGGAACGCGUCCACAGCAGCCUGCAUACACAGCCAGCCCCUGCCCCACCAUCGGGACGCUUCCGAGGAAGAGGCUGGUGAGCACAGCUUGGUCCACUGUGCACUGGUGCCCGUGAAAGAUGAGAUCGUCACCGUCAACGCAGAGCACAACAUCGUCUUUUACGACGCACGGACGCUUCAGCUCAGGAAGCAGUUUGUAGGUUACAACGCGGAAGUGUUGGACGUCAGAUUCCUGGGGCCAGGGGACUCCCAUAUUAUCGUGGCCACCAACAGCCCCCAACUCAAAGUCUUCGAGCUGGCGACAUCUGACUGUCAGAUCCUGCACGGCCACACAGACACUGUUCUUGCCCUGGAUGUCUUCCGGAAGGGGACGCUGUUUGUUAGCUGUUCUAAGGACAAAAGCUUCCGAGUUUGGCGGAUGAAAAAAAGUGGCCAGGUGGUCUGUGUAGCACAAGGACUGGGACACGCAAACGGAGUGGGUGCGAUCUCUUGCUCCAGAAUGAAAGAGAGCUUUGUGGUCACGGCCAGCCAGGACUGCACCAUCAAAGUGUGGCAUCUUCCCGAGUCCCUCUCUGCCAAGGCGAAAGCAGCUGGCUUCGAAACCCUUCGCGCCCAUCUCACGGAGAAAGCUCACGACAAGGACGUGAACAGUGUGGCGGUUUCCCCCAACGACCGGCUGAUUGCCACAGGAUCCCAAGACAAGAUGGCCAAGCUGUGGGCCUCGCAGGAUUGCUCGCUGCUGGGGGUCUUCUCGGGACACAAACGGGGGGUCUGGUGCGUGCAGUUCUCACCUGUGGACCAGGUCUUGGCUACCUCCUCGGCGGACGGCUCUGUGAAACUCUGGGGACUCCAGGAUUUCAGCUGUUUGAAGACUUUUGAAGGUCACGAUGCCUCCGUCCUGAAGGUCAUCUUUGUGAGCCGGGGAACACAGGUGCUUAGCAGUGGCUCGGAUGGCCUCCUGAAGCUCUGGACGAUAAAAACCAACGAGUGCGUGAAGACCUUAGAUGGCCACGAGGACAAAGUUUGGGGCCUGCAUGCCAACAGGAAGGACGAUUGGUUGGUGACCGGCUCCAGCGAUUCUUGCAUCCUCCUUUGGAAGGACGUCACGGAAGCUGAACUCGAAGAGGAGCAGGCAAAGCAGGAAGAGCAGAUCCUGAAAGAGCAGGAGUUGUCCAACCUGCUGCACGAGAAGCGGUACCUCAGAGCCCUAGCCAUGGCGAUCUCCUUGGACAGGCCACACACCACACUGACGGUGAUCAAGGCGAUUCUCAAGGAAACCAACGGAAAGGAGGACUUGGAAACAAAUUUGCUGAAGCUCCGGAAAGACCAGAAAGAGGCCGUGCUGAAAUACACCGUCACGUGGAACACGAAUUCGCGGAACUGCCAUGAGGCGCAGGCAGUGGUCCAGACGCUCCUGAAGCACGAGCCACCGGAGUCCCUCCUGAAGCUUGCAGGGAUCAAAGCGGCCGUGGAGUCCCUCCUACCCUACACAGAGCGCCACUUCCAGAGGCUGAGCCGACUGCUGCAGGCCGCCACCUUCCUCGAUUUCAUGUGGCAGAGCAUGAGGCUGGCCGAGGCCUCCCAGCAGGACGAGGACAUGAGCACGUGACCGGGGCGGGGGGAGCCCAUCAAGGUCGGCUGUCGUCUACCCAGCCCCCCCCCCCUCACCAGCUGCCCUUCCAGCUGUGCUUCUUGGCUGGCAUUCUUGCCUGCCACGGAUUUCUAAAUGUUUUUAUAAAUACGUGUGAUUUUUUAAAAAAAAAAAUUAUAUAAAGAAACGUUCCUAUA